UGCAACGCGCGCAACCGCUGUCGGUAAAAGUGUUGCGGUGGAAAAGGCUUAUCCCGACGACGACGACGACGACGACGACGAUGGACCGCCGCCGGGGAACGGCGGGAGAUCGACCGGACGACAGCGACGCGGAGGACCGCGUCAACCGUUGCGCGACCGCGUACCUGCGCGACGCGGUCGAGCCGUCGGUGUCGGCGGUCGGUUGGACGAUCGGCUCCGGGCCCGCGGUGUCGGCUGGCCGGGGCGUCGUGGCCACCAAGGACUACGCCGAGGGUGACGUGAUAUUGGUCGACGCACCGCUGAUCGUCUCGCCCAGAACGUUGACCGGCGUCGCCGAGAGCCCUGUGUGCCCGGUAUGCUACGUAGCGCCCGGUCUUGCCGCGACCGGAUCGUGCGCCGGCGGGUGCGGACUGCCGGUGUGCAGCGACCGGUGUUCCAACGAUCCCGCGCACGCCGACGAGUGCCGCUACGUGCGGCGGCUGCGCCCGAAGACCGACGGAUCGCGUUGGUCGGCGGCCGUUUACAACGCGGUAACGGCCAUCAGGGGCUUGGCAGUGAACGGAGGAGCGCACAAGUCGUUCCUGGACUUGCUGCAAAAAAAAUUCACGGAUAAGCCGACGGUCGAGGUAGAAGAGUUAAAAAAAAACAUCAGUAUGAAACUAGAGGAGGAAGAUGAACAAAUAAUGACAAUAACUUGUAAAAUUAUGGAUGCUAACUGUUUUGAAACAAUAAUAACUCGUAACAAUAAAUUAAUAAGUUUAAAAGGCUUGUAUCCCGUGGCAUCUUUUAUGAAUCACUGUUGUGUUCCAAACACGAUGCACAAUUUUAACGAAAAACUUCAAAUGAUCGUGAAAGCUUCCUUGCCGAUUUACAAAGGACAAGAAAUCACUACUACUUAUACUCAUUUACUUUGGUCUACUUCGUUAAGACAAAAUCAUUUAUUGACGUCAAAACAAUUUAUUUGUACCUGUUAUAGAUGUUGCGAUGCAGAAGAAUUCGGAACGGAAUUAGCUGCUUUAAACUGUACAGUAAAAAAUUGUAGCGGUCGCGUUUUGCCUGUCAAUCCGUUGAACAAGUUUUCGGUCUGGCAAUGCAAAGAGUGCCAUAAAUUAGUAACCAGUGUCGAAAUAACGUCUCUUCUUAAAAAAUUAUGUCCAUUAAUGAACAGUAUACAACAGUGUCCGAAACGUUUCGAAACAAUUUUAAAAACAUUUAAUAUUUAUAGAAAUAGUACAUUUGUUGUCGAUUUAAGAUUAAAAUUUAUAUGGAAGUCAAAAAACAAUAAUCUAAGCCUUGAAGAAUUACUCUACAAGGAAAAAUCGUGUGUUGAAGUAUUGAAUAUCGUACAAAAACUUGGAUUAGGUCAAUGUCGACUGUUGGGUUUAAUAUCUCUCGAACUUUUGAAAGUAAUCGAGGAAAAAAUUGAUCGUUUUCGUUGGAAAACAAAAACAUUAAACAUCUUCAAAGAACAAAUAAGUAACCUUUAUAAGAUAUCAGUAAGUGUCCUGGAUGGAGAUGCCAACACAAGUAUCACAAAAAAACCAUAACUAUAAAGUAUUUAACUUCGGUGCAAGCCCAAAACAUUUUAUUUUUGAUAAAUGAAUUAAAUGAAAUUAAAAUUAAAAUUGUAAAUAACUAACAAAUCAUGCGAAAUAUCUAACAAUUUAAUAGUUUAUACUUUUAAAUAUCUUCGCGUACUAAUUGUAUAAUAGCCAUCUUCGAGACUAUGGCUCGGUUCAACUAAGUAAAUGAUCUGUUAUAACGCCAGAGUUAAAAUAUUAACAACAAUCUCAUGAAAAUUACAUUGCAGUUUAAUUAAGCAUCAAA